AUGGGCCUUUUGACAAUCAUAAAGAAGCAGAAACUGAAGGACAAGGAGUGUAGAUGUCUCAUUUUGGGCUUGGACAACUCCGGAAAGUCAACGGUAGUGGAUUGGGUCUUGAGUUUCUACACGAACCGGCCACGCCGAGAGAUUACGCCCACGGUGGGAUUUCAGAUCCACACAGUUACGUUUGAAAACCACAAUGUUCAGCUGUGGGAUAUUGGAGGGCAGUCUACGCUGCGUCCUUAUUGGGACAACUACUUUGAGAAAACAGACGUGCUGGUAUGGGUGAUGGACGUUGCUGUAGCUAGCAGGCUGGAGGAAUCGGUGCAGGAGCUGCGAACGAUUUUGCAGAAUCGAGACCGGCUGGGGUACAAUUGUCGGAUCAUCGUUCUGCUGAAUAAGAAAGACCUGGUGGCAGAUUUGGACUUGGUGCUGGAUAAGUUGGAAAAAGAUCUGGCCGUGGUUUUGAAACUGGAAAACGUCCCGAUCGAAACCAGAACGACCAAUGCGCUCAAUGGCGACGGUCUGGAGACGCUGAUGGAAUUGAUCGUGCGUGGUUGUGCAGGGGUGUGA